CCCUUUGCCAGGCGGAAAACCUCGCGGAGCUCCGGCCCGCCACCAGCACCACCAGCAGGAGGGCUGAUCCUGGUUCCACCCAGCGGGACUUUCCUGGCUUCCUCCAGCAGGGAGCGGGGGGAGCAGGAGCGCUGGGAGGCAGGAGCGGGGCCGAGCGCUCCCGCGGCUCCUGCCGGGUUUCUACUGUAGGCGGUGCAUUCCUCGGGAGGGAGGGAGGGAGUGCGUGCGCCCGGUGCCUUCCCACACUCCGCACUGCUCUUAUUUAAUGGGGGUCUCCAUGCAGGGCAGGCGCCACAGAAGGUUUGGCGGUGCCCGGCUCCCCUCGCAGGAGCCAUGGAGAGCGCGGCGGAGAUGGGAGCGGAGGCUGCGGGCAGCGCGCUCGGAGUGGGGAUGCGGCUGCGGCAGGACCUGCGCAGGAUCCGCUGUGCGCUGCUGUUCUGCCUGCUGGCCGUGCUGCUGCUCAUGCUGCCCAUCGCCUACCUGCUGGUCGGGAACCUGAGAGCGCCCAGAUCCUGCGGACAGGUCACAGAGGAGAGGGGCUCUAUCUUCCUGAAGCAACGAGCACUGGCUGCUGUUACAGACACACUUUCCAGUGCAGAGAAGCCACGAGCUCACCUGACAG